CCUAAACAGUGACAGAAGGCGUGCUAGCAACGCACGUAGAAAUGACAAAAGUUUAAUACUUUUUCCACAUAGAAAUCUAUCCGGACCUCAUCUACAUAUAUCUUAAUAAAAACAAGAUACAGUCUUUGAAAAACGAAUACAAUGGAAGCCCUUCAGAGAGGAGGGAUUCAGGAGGAUAUGGUUCAGUACAAACUGUUUCUGGUCCAGCCACAAGGUUCAACUUUACAGCAGACCGAAGAGCAUCUCACACAGCUAGUAGAGGAGAUUUUAGCAAAGGUUGCCCCGCUUCUGAUACAAUACAUCUGGCAGCAUCAGUCAUUCAACCUCAAGUAUCAUCCUGAGAAAGGUGGUGUCCCUGCUCACAUUGGAGGUAGCACUCAGUUUGGGGACAAUGUGGAGGACGAGUGGUUUAUUGUUUAUCUCCUGCAGCAAAUCACAGAGGCCUUCCCAGAUCUUGCAGCCAGAGUUGAAGACAAUGAUGGAGAGUUUCUUCUCAUUGAAGCAGCAGAUUAUCUUCCGAAGUGGCUGAAUCCAGACACCAGUGAAAACAGAGUGUUCCUCUAUAGGGGAGGGUUGCAUAUUCUGCCUUCUCCCUCCAAAUCCAGUCCUGUGGGGGUCUCCAGAGAUAAAGUACCAACUGUGGCAGAAGCUACAACGCUGCUCACCGCACAUCGAGAGGUCUGUCAGGCAAGCCCCAAGAUCUGUUCAGCCCUGAGGAAGCGAUUAGAGGGGUACCCAGAGAAGAUUGAAGGUAGCCUCCAUCGUGUCCACUGUUUCGUACCUUCAGGUAUCGCCAUGGUGUUAGCGCAGCGACCAGACCUCAUUGCUCCUGCAGUGUUGGCAUUUUACCUCCGGGAUCCAAUAGAUCUGCAGGCGUGUCGAAGCUUCAAGACCUUUCCUCCUGACACAAGAGUCCUCACCUCGGUGACAUUCACCCGCUGCCUGUACGCCCAGCUGCAGCAGCAACAUUUCACCCCCGACCGGAGGAGCGGCUUCACCCUGACUCCUCCCUCUGACCCCCAUUACAGAGCACAUGAGCUCGGCAUGAAACUGGCCCAUGGCUUUGAGAUCCUAUGCUCUAAGUGCAGGCUGCCGUCAUCUGAGCCUGAUGCUCCUGUCAGCUGUAACCCUCAGUGGAAAGGCUUCAUGGAGAGUCUGAAAGAAAAUGGCUUCUUCCGGGAAGAGAUGGACGGUUCGGCUCAUUACAGAGAACUGACAAGAUCUGCGGAAAACUUCUUCAAACAGUCUGUCGCGUCUAAAUCAAGCACUUUGUCCCCGGGUGAGGAGGUUCUCCAGCUGCUGAACACCUGCAGUCCUUUAAACCUGGAGGAGAUGAAGAAACAAGAGUCACAGCUCCCCCCAGAGGACAGUGACAGCUGGCUGGAUAUCACAACUCAGGAUUUAGAGCGCAUGUUGGAGGAGAGGAGUGGCGGGAGAGCUGAUGUUGGCAUCCAAAAAUCUAUUUCAAGCAAACAGACACAGCAUGUCGGGGGGGCAGAGGAGAGGAGAAAGGAGGCGGAGGAUGACGAGGAGAAAGAGGAGGCCGGGUACAGCCUGGUCGCAGUCAGUCAGGGGAUGAAGAACUUCCUCAACGCCAUGUCGUCGCAUGAGGGGGCUGAACUGCCCUGGAGCAGUUCAACGCAGCCUUUUAGUUUUGAGCCUGACUCCAUGGCCAGUGCACUGGACAGAUUACUAGGAACCACAGAAGAGUUAGAUUCAGAUGAUCUAGAUGAUGAUGAUGAUGAUGAUGAGGAAGAAGACGAUGAUGAUGAAGAAGAAGAGGAAGUCGGGUCAUCUGGUCACGCACAGAUGAACGGGACAGAUAGUUUGGACGGUCUCAGAAAAUACAUGGACCAAAUGGAUCAGGAACUAAUGGGAACUAAUAUAGGACAAAGCUUCAAUGUGACGAAUCACAACAAGGCAGGAUUGGGCAAUGGCGGCCCUCAUCCCUCUGCCACGGACAGUUUCCCAACACAUGAAGGUAUGGAAGAGACGGAGGAGGAGAUCCAGCCUCUGGAUGUGGAUCUGAACCUGGUCGCCAACCUGCUGGAGUCCCUCAGCUGCCAGGCCGGGCUCGCCGGGCCGGCCUCCAACCUGCUGCAGAGUCUGGGGAUCCACCUGCCCCCCAACUCUGACCCCUCGUAAAGGAAAGACUCAGGUAUUUAAACAUGGAAGAAGGCUCAGCAUUCACAGUUUACCAGGCUUCCCCUAAAGCUGUUAGCUAAAACCUUUAUUCACAUUGAUUACACAUCUGUUGGCAAAGUACUCAUGGAAGUCGAAGAUGUCUUGUAAAGCUUUUAUUGUUAACAACACACUUCUGUUUACAUUUGGUAUUUCUCACUGAAAUGAUUGUGUACACUGUAAAACUGUAUACUUUAGAAAUCAUAAAUGGGUUGGGUUAAUUUCCUUUAUUAUGAAACAUUAACAAAAACGUUUGGAUUGGAUUGUUUGUAGCUUACAGUUGGUAUAAAAUGUACACAAAAAGAUCAUACAUGUGCACAAUACAUAAAUAAAAAAUAGACAUAGACAGAAAAUUAGCAUAAUGCAAUUUUGGUCAGGCUAAUACAAUAUUGUUAUUUUGGUUUGGUCCAUAUUGGUGUGCAAGUCAUGCCGCCAUCGAUUAUGUAUGAUUGGAACAUGUUUAUGGCAGUGUCAAAAAGAAUGCAUCUAGUAUUUAGUUAUUUAGUAAUUUUUACUGUCGUAUACAUAAUUUAAAAAAUGUUGUGUCAGCAAGUUAUAAUGAACCGUUUUCAUGUUUACACAGGAUUUAUAAUACAUGCUGCUCUGUGUAAUGUUGGAAUGUGUGUAUCGUUGGUGUUUUUUUUAAGCCCUUACAUUUGGUUGUUAAAAAUAAGAAUAAAUAUUUUUGGUAA